CCAAGCAAAUCAAGUGGCAUCUGGGGAUCUCUGCUCACCUGCAAAAGGGAUGGAAAUACUUCAACAAGUGUGCAGCAAACAGCUUCCUCCUUGUAACCUGAGUGAAGAGGACCUGUUACAGAACCCAUACUUCAGCAAGCUGCUUCUGAGUCUCUCACAGCAUGUGGAUGAGACUGGCUUAAGCCUCACUGCUGGCAAAGGAGUAGGCUCAGGUAUGAAAGGAAGUUCGACUGCAUAAGACAACAUGGGUAAGGCCUGAGAUUUUAUAGAGAGUCAUUCAAGAGCUGCUUGUAGAUUACUAUGUGAAGACACAAGACACAAAUUUAACUUCUGAGGAUAAAAAGUUUCAUGAGACCCUUGAACAACGGCUACUUGUGACUGAACUGACACGGCUGUUAAGUCCUAGCCAAGAGAAGGAAAUACCUCCAUUGCUAGAGCUGGAGAAAGCAGACCUUCUGGAACUCAUGCCACCCUCAGAGCACUUUGUGUGGGUGAGAGCUCGACUCCAGCUAGAAGUGGAAGAGCAACUCCAAAAGAAAUGUUUCACUCUGCUUUGCUUCCAUGAUCCCAAUUCAGAUUCUGACAGCGAAACCCUGAAGGCAGCAAAGGAGUGGAAAUUGACAGAGGUCUUGGCAGGUGAGAAGCAGCAGUGCCAAGAUGCCAAGAGCCAGCAGAAGGAGCAGAUGGUGCUUCUGGAAAAGAAGAGGGCCACGUAUUCUCAGGUGCUUCUCUGCUGCCUCACCUUGCUACAGAGGCUUCUUAAGGAACACCGGCUGAAGACCCAGUCUGAGCUAGACUACAUUAAUGCCCAGUGCCUGGAAAUCAAGUGCAGUGCCAUGAUCCUUAAGCUGAGGAAGGAGGAACUAAAGAUUUUGUCUGACACUUACACUGCUGAGAAAGUGGAAGUUCACCGUCUCAUUAGGGACCAUUUGGAGGGAGCCAUUUGCCUACAAGAGCAAGACAUGGAAAAGUCAAGACAGGUUCUGAACACCUAUGAGGUUCUUGGGGAGGAGUUUGACAGGCUGGUAAAAGAGUACACCCAACUCAAGUAGGCAACCGAGAACAAGCGCUGGGCCCUCCGGGAGUUCAACAAGGCAUAUCAUUGAGUGCUGGCAGGGCCAGGAAACAUGGCUCCUACACAGCCACUGCCUCCUACUCUCCCUUCUAACAGGGCCAUUUUCACCUGGGGCUGCCUUCAUCACAAGGGAGUGUGGAGAUGUUUGCUUCAAAUGGCAGUCAUUUAGGUACCCUCCUGGUUUCUCUUGUCUACAAUGACCGAACCCCUUCUAGAAAAUGUAGCAAGCAGAUUUAUAUGAUUUUAUGCAUAGUUUCUCAGUGUCAGCUCUAUAUUGUAUUUGAUUACCUCCUGAAUAAAGUGAUGAUAUUAUAUUAAAAAAAAGGUUUUAAGGAGGGAGUUAGGGAGGGAGCUGAUUUUAAGGAUCUUUUCACAUUCACAUCAAGCUGUCCAAACCUAGUACACCACAUUUCUCACUGUAUAGUUCUGCCAACUGGAAAGGUCCUAUGAUACUGAUUCUUCAACAUCUAACAUGAAAACUAGAAUUCUAGAAUUGUCCAGUAUUUUCCCGUUCCUGGCAAUGACAUCUUAAAUUGGGGUCUAUGAGUCUAAGACUCACAUAAAUGAACCAAAAUUUAGGACACAUAUUCUGCUAAGUACCAAGUGUAUUCAUUGUCAGGGACAAUUAAACAUGCUAAAACAUCCAGGAUAUAUGGCUGCUGAAACUACAGCCCUCUCAAUGACUCUAAUAUUCAAAGGAUUCAAAUAGUUCAUCCUCAGAGGUUUUAUAUAAAAAAUAGUAAUAGCAUAAUUAAAUCUGUCUUUAAAACACACAAUUCA